GGACGGCCGGGGCAGGGGCCGAGGGCGGCCGGCGCUGGCGGCGGGGGGCGGUGGGGGCCCGGCGCGGCGUGGGGCCGGCGGGACGCGGCGCAUGGCCGGGGGAGCAGCGGCGGCGGCGGCAGCGGCGGGGGGCAUCACCACCCUGCCCGACGACGGCGGCGGCGGCGGCGCCUUCCCCCCCGGGCACUUCAAGGACCCCAAGCGCCUCUACUGCAAGAACGGCGGCUUCUUCCUGCGCAUCAACCCCGACGGGAGGGUGGACGGCGUCCGCGAGAAGAGCGACCCGCACAUCAAACUGCAGCUUCAAGCGGAAGAAAGAGGAGUGGUGUCGAUCAAAGGUGUGAGUGCAAAUCGUUUCCUGGCCAUGAAGGAGGAUGGCAGAUUGCUGGCCUUGAAAUAUGCAACAGAAGAAUGUUUCUUCUUUGAGCGUUUGGAAUCUAAUAACUAUAAUACUUACCGAUCACGGAAAUACUCCGAUUGGUACGUGGCACUGAAAAGAACUGGACAGUACAAACCUGGACCAAAAACUGGACCUGGACAGAAAGCUAUCCUUUUUCUUCCCAUGUCUGCCAAAAGCUGAUUCCCAUGGCGGAUUCCGAGCACAUUUGCCA